GAUUAAGUCAAUUUUAAUUAUUAUUGUUAGUCACGAAAAAAGAACAUGUUGUCAUUAAUUAUUUGAUCAAGCGGACAUACAUCAAGUGGACGUUCAACUGAAUUUGAAACAUGGAACAAGAAAAAAGGUCCAAAAAAUUAACUUUCUCUUAAUCCAAAAUUUCUCUUGGCAUCAAAAGAUCUCCAGAAUUGCUUCAACAAUUGAUUCUCUCAGAAGAGCACUAAAAUAAUUUCGAGAGCCAAACAGUCCUCUCCUUAUCAUGACUCAGUGCAUUUACAUUUAAAAAAGUAAUAUUUUUAUUCAUUAUUCAGUCAGCCUUUAAACCACCAACAAGUGAAAAAUAAUUGUAAAAAAAAUAAAGUUUUGUGGUUUUCCGAUAAUUUAAUGGAACAAGAAGAUUUUAGUGAAGCUACAGCCGUAGUUGGGACUAAUAAGAACUUAAUGAAUUACUUCGCUGAUUUUUAUUCAACUUUAUUUCACAAUAGAAGAGAAGAAAUUCUAGUAGAAUCAACAGCAGAAAUUGACAAACUUCCACAAGAGAUUCUCCUCAGAAUCCUUUCAUACCUAAAAGCAAAAGAACUCAUCGCCUUAUCCAGCACGUGCCGUCGCUUCUCAAAUCUCAUCAACACUAAUGACUUCUUACCAAAGCUAACCCUUCGAGUCACAGAAAGCACAAAAAGAUCUCAAUGGAUUGGUCACAGGAAAUACAAAAAGCUUCUCGUCCUCAGCGAAUCCAUAAAUUUAUACUUCAAACUUCCAAAGACCAUUGGAACUUAUGUGACAACUUUGAAUCUUGAUUGCUGGGAAAUCUCAAUUUAUGAAAUUAAAAAGGUUAUUAAAUUAUGUCCGCAUAUUAAGGAACUGAGUCUCAUGUAUCUUGUUAGAACUGGAAUUCCACCUGAAAUUACUAAAAAGGAGGAAAUACCGUUGACGUGGUUGGAUAAGUUGUCACUUCAAGGUGAGCUCCAGAUCGUCAACUGCUUAAAGAACCUCCAAGUCAAAGAACUCAUCAUCCAUCGUCAAAGUGACUUCGAAACUCAUCUUGAUGAUGUCGCCGAAUUCAUAAUGAAUCAAAAAGACAUGAUCAAUCUUGAAUUGUAUCACAUGUACUUCAUAUCAAGUCUAUUUCUACGUGACGAGAUGAAGCAUGUCGCUUUCCGACUCAAUAAAUUAAUCAUCAAAUAUUGCUCACAUUUUAGUUACUUCUGUUUCGUUUGUUUUGUUGCCUCGCAAAAGGACUCAAUUAAGUUUAUGUCUGUGGAUGAUUUUGGAUACGACAUGAUUAAAUUUUUGAUGCAUUUUAAAGAAAUGAGGACGUUAAAGUUAACGCUGACUGAGGAUUAUCAGAUUGCUGAGAAAGACAUGCUUGUGAUGAUGAGUCAUGUUAGGAAUACAAUGUUAUUGCCACAAGUUGAGGACUUAGAAAUUUGGAAUUAUUGUCAUAAUUUUAUUCAUCAUUUUCCAAAUGUCAGGAAGUUGACGAUUUAUGGAACUGACUUAGACUUGAAUUUAUGGAAUUUUAAGAAUUUAGAAGACUUGACUGUGAUAACAAAGAACCUUGAAAAUCCUUUAGAAUUGAAUGAGAAUUUAAAGAAGUUAAAGCUUAUAAUGUACGAAUAUCCAAAAGAUCAUAGUCCAUUCAGCUACGAUAGCUGUAAAUUAGAGGAUUUGACAUUAAUUGGAGCUAAGAAUUUAGAUUGGAUUAAAAACUAUUUGGAACAUCCGAACACGAAUUUAAAGAACUUGAGGAUUGAAAGAUGUCUAGUUACUGAUGAACUUAAGGAGAUCUUAAAGAUUCAUGAAAAUAAAAUUAAAAGAUUUGAAAUUAUUGAACAGGAUGGAAAGGAAAUUGAGAUCUUAAGGAGACGACUUAUAUGAUGGAAUAUUGAGUUAAAUAAAUAAAGUUUAAAUAAAAACUUUAAAUCUUGCUGUUGCA